AUGGCGGAUUUGAUGGGAUCACGGGCUUACUGCUGCUUCAAGUGCCAGAACCUUGUUGCUUUUCAUGAUGAUAUUGUUUCUAAAGAUUUUCAGGCAAGCAAUGGGAGAGCUUUUCUGUUUUCUCAUGCAAUGAACAUAUUUUUGGGAGCAAAAGAAGAUAGAAACCUGAUGACUGGUCUUCACACAGUUGCUGAUGUUUAUUGUUCUGAUUGUGGAGAAGAACUUGGCUGGAAAUACAUUAAAGCUUAUGAAGAAACACAGAAAUAUAAAGAAGGAAAAUGUGUGCUUGAGAAGUUCAAGAUAGUUUUGGGAAAUGGCUAG